GUUUUCACUGGAGACUUGUAAUGCCAAAGUGUAUAACCACAUUGGUGGUUGUAUCACCAUGUGAAUCGAACUGCUUUCUUUUUGACUGGAAUAAUUUUUCUUGUACAAGUCAAUGAAUUAAUGACAAAACUGGAAGAGAAAAUGAACCGCGAGAAUCCAACCACUCCUCUUCUGAGAUCAGUUAAAAAACAACAGAGAUUAGAGCUUUGCACUUUGCAGCUGCACCUAACAGGCAAGAGCUCCUCCUCCUUUACCGGUUGUUGAAAGCAAAGCUCACUUACCCAAGAUGGCUGACCCUGUUAUCUCUCUUGUUAUUGAGAGAAUUGGUGAUCUGCUGAUUAAAAAAUCUGUUUUCCUGAAAGAUGUUCGACGACAAGUUGAAAGACUCAAAAAUGAUCUGGUCCGGAUGCGGUGUUUCCUGAAAGAUGCAGAUCAAAGGCAAGAUGAAGAUGAGAGGAUUCGCAACUGGGUUUCUGAAAUUAGAGCUGUGGCUUACGAUGCGGAGGAUAUCAUUGAGAUCUUUGCCAGCAAAAUUGAAAGCAUAAAGGAUAAGGGAUUGGCAUAUUAUCCCCGGCGGAUUGUGAGCCUCAACAAGAUCGGUAAAGAGAUUGAGUCCUUACAGAUAGGGCUCAAUGACAUAGCUGAUAGCCGCGAAAAGUAUGCUAUCAAAAAUCUUGGAGAGGGAAUGAGUUCACCCGGAAAAGAAUUUCGAAGGCUUCGCCGAACCUCUCCUUUCAGCGAGGACAAGGAUAUAGUGGGCUUCGAAGAGAUUACAAAAUCGCUCGUGGCAGAACUUUUGAAAGAGGACGAAAACCGCCGUGUGGUUUCAAUCGUUGGCAUGGGAGGUGCUGGUAAGACAACUCUAGCCAAAAAAGUUUAUAACCAUGCUGAUGUCAAGAAAAGAUUCAACUGCCGUGCUUGGGUCUGCGUCUCUUCAAGCUACGAUCACAAAGAGAUGCUGAGAUCAAUCAUAAAGCAAUUGAAUGCAAUGGAUAACAAGCUACUUGAAAUGCUGGAAAGGAUGGAAGAGGAAGACUUGGAACGAAGGCUCUAUCAAGAUCUACAAGACAAAUGUUAUCUUGUGGUAAUUGAUGAUGUAUGGGAGGAAGAAGCGUGGGAUUGUCUUGCUAGGGCCUUUCCUGAUGUUAAUACAUCAAGUAGACAGCUACUUACAAGUCGCAAAAGGGAUGUUGCCCAACACGCAGAUGCACUUAGCAAACCACAUGAGCUGAAAACUUUGGGGCAGGAAGAUAGCUGGCAGUUGUUCCUCAGAAAGGCCUUAGGCCAUGGGGAUAACGCUGGAUGUCCUCCGGAUUUGGAAGAAGUAGGCAGAGAGAUUGAAAGGAGAUGUGCUGGUCUGCCACUAGCCAUCACGGUUAUAGGUGGUCUGCUUCUGACAAAGAGAAGGUUGAAGAGUGAGUGGGAGAAAGUUCUCAACAGCUUCAACACAAACCUCUCAAGGAGCCAGAGUGGAGUAUCAGCAAUUCUGGAAUUAAGUUAUGCAGAUCUUCCUGCCAAUCUGAAAUUUUGCUUUUUGUAUUUGGGUUUGUUUCCCGAAGACUCCGUGAUUUCUGUGCGCAAGUUGAUCCAUAUGUGGGUUGCAGAGGGAAUAAUGCAGAAAAGAAGCGCAAAAAAAUUGGAGGAAACUGCAGCAUAUGAUGAUGUGGAACAACUUUGUAGCAAAAAUAUGGUCCAGGUGGCAGAAAUGACUGUUGAUGAGAGGAUUAAAAGCUGUAGAGUCCAUGAUUUAUUGCGAGAGCUUGCAAUAAAAAAGGCAGAGGAUGAAAAUUUUUUUCAGAUCCACGACACCAGAGAUGAUAAAAUAUCAGCCAAAUCCAGGUAUCUUGCUGUUCAUAUUCUCCCAGGGGAUAAAAAUUAUUUUGGGUCUUCAACCCCUCCUCUCCGGUCUCUACUUUUUUUCAAUGUCCACGAUUACAGGGAAAACAUUAGUUUUGGCUUCAAAAGUUUAAGAAAGCUUAGGACACUGGACCUUGAGAAUGUUAUGAUGGAUUAUAUGCCAAAAGAAAUUAGUAAAGUCAGGCUUCUGAGGUAUCUCAAUUUAAGAGAGACACGGAUUGGAAAGCUCCCUCAUUCCUUCGGUUGCUUGCGAUACCUACAAACUCUUGACAUACGGACCGUUAACUUAGUGAUAGUUUCAAAUUUCAUUUGGAAGCUUGAAAGUUUACGGCAUCUAUAUGCACGUGAUAUAAGGUGUAAUGUGCCUCUUAAGAUUGAAGGAUUGAGGAAUCUUCAGACUGUGUCAGGCAUACACUUUGAUCACAUUAUGCGCAAUAAUAUGAUGACUUUGACAAGUCUUCAGGAACUGGUGAUGAGAGUAGAUGAUAGGUCAGAGAUAGACAAACUCUGCUUGCACUUAUCUGAGGUUGGAAGCCUAAAGACAUUUCAUCUUUACCGUGCUUUAGGAAGCGAGUGGCCAUCUCUAGGUGGACUUUCUAAACUCCAUCAUGUAACAGAGCUUAAGCUAUCCGGGAUGCGUUUGAGAAUGCUGCCUCCUGAUUUCCCUCCUAAUCUCUCUCGCUUGUCUUUGGAAGAAACAUUCCUCAUGGUUGACCCAAUGCCAGUACUAGAGAAGUUGGGACAACUGUCGUUCCUCAAAAUGAAAGUUGCAUAUGGGGGACCACAGCUAGUCAUAUUUAGGCAUGGGUUUCACCUAUUGAAAUUCCUUGAGCUCAGCCGCCUAUAUGAUUUGGAUGAAAUAAAGGUGGAGAAAGGUGCAUUGCCACAGCUCCAGUGCCUGAGAAUCAGGAGCUGCAGCAGAUUACGGAAGUUGCCGGAAGAGCUGAAGCACAUAUCUACUCUUGAUAAGCAUGAGCUUGUGGACGUGCCAGAAGAUUUUAUCAGUAGGAUUGAUGCGGACACAGUAUCCAAUGUCCCUAACUUCAGAAUAUUUGACUUGCCGAAGGAAAGGUGGUGGUAUUCGUAAUCAUGCAUAGAAUGCAAGCUAUGUCGUAUAGUGAUUAAUAGAAUUAUUUCAAGUUUUUAUCAAAAUAUAUAA